UACAUUGAGGAGCUUGAGCGCGAAGCACCGGCUAUUGUUGAGAAUUCAACCCCAGAAUCCAGUUGGCCUCAGAAUGGCGUGAUUGAAUUCCGUAAUUACAAUAUGCGAUAUCGCUCAGAGUUUGAUUUGGUCAUCAAGGAUCUUUCUUUCGCAGUUGGUAAAAACAAGAAAAUCAGCAUUGUCGGCCGCACAGGUGCUGGAAAGAGCUCGAUUACAUACGCGCUGAUGCGCCUGGUUGAUCCAGUCGACAGCCAGAUUAUCAUCGAUGGUAUUGACAUUUCAAACAUUGGACUGCAGGACCUCCGAUCACGCAUUUCCAUCAUUUCACAAGAUCCAGUGCUGUUUGAAGAAACCAUCCGCGACAAUCUCGACCCAGCCAAUGAGUAUACCGAUGGCGAAGUCUGGGCAGCUAUUCGUGCGAACCAAAUUGAUGAUCUUCGACAUAAAUGCCUCGAGGGUGUUGGGCCGGACAAAUGGGUUGAAAAUGGUGGUAACAAUUUUAGCGUCGGCCAGCGGCAACUCAUCAGUCUUUGCAGAGCUCUGCUUUGGCAGCGCAAGAUUGUCAUCCUGGACGAAGCGACGGCCAACACGGAUACCAAAACUGACCAGAUCUUGCAAGAGGACUGCACCGUGUUGACUAUUGCACACCGGCUGGGCACUGUCAUGGACAGCGAUCGCAUUCUGGUGAUGGACCACGGCCAGAUGGCAGAGUUUGACAUGCCCGAUAACCUGUUUGCUAACAAAAACAGACAUUUCUCACAGAUGGUCGAAAGCAUGAAGGUCAACCAGGGCGUGUAUUUUUAUAUGCUUGUAAUUAUAAAUGUAAAUGAAUUUAACCCAAGUCAUAUUUGA